AUGGCGCCACACGCAGGAUCGGGCAUCCGGUCGCUGGUCGCCGAGUAUCGGGACGCGGGCUACGAGCGGCUGCCAUCGCAGGUAGCGGGCAUCGUGCCGCGCUCCACCGACCAGCAGCCAGGCACGUUCGACGCCAAGGAGUGGCUGGCAGCCGGCGACACCAACCGGAUGGCCGGGUUCACGCAGUACGCCAUGUGCGCGGCGCAGCAGGCGCUGGCAGACGCCGAGUGGACUGCGCCGUCGGACGAGCAGCGCGAGCGCACUGGCGUGUGCUUCGGCACAGGGAUCGGGUCGCUGGAAGACAUCAUCGCGAACUACGACCAGUUCCGCACAGGCGGGCUGCGCAAGGUCAGCCCGAUGUUCGUGCCCAAGAUACUGUGCAACAUGGCAGCUGGCAGCAUUAGCAUCCGGUACGGCUUCUAUGGCCCCAACCACGCCGUGUCCACCGCCUGCACCACGGGCGCGCACGCCAUUGGCGAUGCAAUGCGCUUCAUUCGCUUUGGCGACGCUGACGUCAUGCUGGCCGGUGCGAGCGAGUGCCCGCUGCACCCGCUGGCGCUCGCCGGCUUCUCCAAAAUCAAGGCGCUGGCGCUCGGCUACAACGACCGCCCGGAGCAGGCGUCCAGGCCGUUUGACCGCGACCGCGCAGGCUUUGUCAUCGGCGAGGGCGCCGGCGCGCUUGUGCUCGAGGAGCUGGAGCACGCCCGGGCGCGUGGUGCGCACAUAUACGCAGAGCGCGCGAUGCGCAGCGCGAUCAGGUCGGCGCAGAUCAGCCUGGGUGAAAUCGCCUAUGUCAACGCCCACGCCACAUCCACGCCGCUGGGCGACCAGAUCGAGAACGCCGCGCUGAAGGCUGUCUUUGCCAACGUCGCCGAGCUGCCGAUGGUGUCGUCGACAAAGAGCGCGACCGGCCACCUGCUGGGUGCCGCCGGCGCUGUCGAGGCGAUCUUCUCGGUGCUCGCCGUCAAGAACGACGUCGCCCCGCCUACGCUCAACUUGGACGCUGCCGACACCGAGGCUGGCUUCGAUCUGAACUAUGUCCCGCACACGCCGCAGGAGCGCACGAUCAACGCCGCCCUGACCAACUCGUUCGGCUUUGGCGGCACCAACGCAUCGCUGGUUUUCUCAAAGCUACGGCUGAUUUGA